GGUCGCGAAAGCUUUAAGUCAAGACACAUUUACAUUUACGCGCCCUUAACCGAACAACAACAAUAACGCGAUCGAACUCAAUCCACGUGUAGAUAUAGAAACCCAAGGAUCGCGCGGAGGGAUAUCUCAAGCUCCGCCGCGUCACCACCACCCCCUCCCCCCGAUUGGCGGCGAUCAUAAAAGCGAGAAGACGACGCGAGAGGAGAAACCCAAAAAAUUCCCUCUCGCGGUUUUCCCUCGCCGUUCAUUCGUCUUUUCGUCGUUCCGGCUCGCACUUUUUUUUGUUCGCGCGCGCGCGGACACUCACGGCCACUUUCGCAACGCCGUUGAUCGGUCGUGACCCGUCGCUAUGGGCAACGCGCGCGGGGCAUGCCGGGUCGCCUGAGGCCUAGCGAGGAGCCCCGGGAUGGAUGAUGAUGGAGGUAGGGGUGGGCGUCCCCUUUAAAAAAUAAAUACAUUUAAAAAAUAAAUACAUUUAAAAAGAAAUACAUUUAAAAAAUAAAUACAUUUAUAAAACCAAACGCCGCCGCAACGACGCGUUUCUUCGCCCCGUCCGCGCAACGGAAAGCCCAAGGCGUCGCCUUUUCUCCGUAGUGCGCUUAUAAUCAUGACGACCAAGGGGAGGACUGCACCCAAGAGGACGACCCGCAUGGAGAUGGAGCGAUUAGAUCGGUGUACGUGGCAGGAGUGAGAUGGAUGGUAGCAGCACUGAACCAGGUGCAAGGUGUCGCUACGAUGUCGGGUGACGCGGCGGGGCCAGGCUCCUCCGGAGAAGACAGCGUCGGCGUGUGGACGUCCGUCAGCGAGCUCAUCCUGAAGACGGAAAGCGACUCCCAAGCCUGGCUGGCGCAGGGCGGCGGGCACGUCUGCGAGGCGUGCGGGCGCGCGUUCCGGCGCGCCGAGGAGCUGGGGGCGCACGCCGCGUCGCACGCCCGCGACAAGCUCUACCCGUGCCGCGAGUGCGAGCGGAGGUUCGCGACGCGCGACGGCCUCCUGGCGCACCAGACGACGCACACGUGCGAGAGGCCGUUCGCCUGCGAGGUGUGCGGCCGCCGCUUCCUGCGCUCGUCCAACCUGUCGCACCACCGCAAGGUGCACUCGGGCGAGCGGCGCUACCCGUGCGCCGAGUGCGGCAAGGCCUUCACGCAGUCGAGCAACCUGGCGGCGCACCGGCUGUCGCACACGGGCGAGCGGCCGUACGUGUGCGUCGAGUGCGGCAAGGAGUUCUCGCAGCAGACCAACCUGCUGAACCACCGGCGCACGCACACCGGCGAGCGGCCCUUCGGCUGCGCCGACUGCGGCAAGCGCUUCGCGCAGUCGGGCAACCUGGCGGCGCACCGGCGCACGCACGCCGACGACAAGCCGCACGUGUGCGCCGCCUGCGGGAAGCGGUUCAAGCAGCGCAAGCACCUGUUGCAGCACGCGCGCACGCACGCCAGCAGACGUCCCGCGGACGUCGUCGCGGCGCCAGCGGCGGCCGUGGCGACGUGGCCGGGAGGAUCGGUCGUGGGGGGCUCGGCACAGCCGGGUUUCCCCACGGAGUCGGGACCCCCCACUCCUCGGCACGGUCCGGUCGGAGUCUGGGCCGAGGACGGUACCGACGGCGUCGGGUCUGAGGCGUUCCCCACAGGAGCGUGGGCGGAAAGGCUCGGGGGAGGCGAGGAGGAACAGGAGUUGGAGGAGGAAGGGAAUGAUGAUGAUGAGGAGGAGGAGGUAGCGAUGGCGAUGAUUGCGGCUGGCUUUCAGGCGCAGGGCAACGCUCCCCCGGCUUACAGGAUGUUCACGGAGCGGUUGGAGCCCGCGUCGCUCGCCGCCAACGGCAGCAGCACGAGGAGGAAGGGGAGGCAGCCGCAGCUAUGGGAGGAAAACGGAGAACCCGGCGGAGAACCCAUGUAGAACUGGAGGAGAGCGAGAAACGUGCAAACUCCACACGGAAAGGCGCCCGAGUCGGGAAUCGAGCCCAGGCCCCUUCUUGCUGCGAGACACGAGCGGUACCACGGCACCUACCUCGCUGACGUAGACUCGCGGCGACCUCACGAGGUUUGCCAUGGCAGUCUCCCGCGUAUGUACGUUGAGCUUCUUUCGCGCCGUACGCAGCCAACCGCGGCUAACCCACGCGCUUAGCCCCCAACGCAGACUAACAUUUGGUGGCUCGCAGACGGAAUUGGCUCAUCGCGCUGCUGUUGUCCCGGUGUCUGGGAGUUCGGAACGGAAGGGAAGAGCUCGUGAGCGUAGAGAAGAGCCCUCAAGGGUUUGGCGAGAGUGACCAAGCGAAGGAGGAGACUGCCGUUGCCGCGACUGUUAUCAAUCUCUUUUGUGUAUUUAGUUUGCUGUCCUUCCCCCGCACCUCCGAUUAGCACGGUUGGCCACGUACGGCGCAAAAGAAGUUCAACGUACACACACACACAAGCUCUGCUGCCUGGAAGGGUUGGCUCGGGUGUAGGCCGGCCACUAGCCUCGUGUGCUGCUGUGCCAGUUGCACAAUUGGGAUGCAAUCUAUAUAAUAAGCGUAUGUAAUGUUAAUAAUUUACACCCCAUUUAUCCGUCCGCUGCUUUAUGACGGGCUGCGCAUGCUGUGUUGGACAUGGGGUCUGUUUGAGUAUGUGAGCCAUGCUAGUCAGUGCGGGUUGGUGAUAUCACUCGCCAUUGACAAUUGAUGAGAAUGUGUGUUAUCAUUAGACCUCCUUUGCCAGUACCAAAAUGUAAUAAUAGGGUUUUUCCCCUUUUUUCUGGCAA